UCUGUCCUGACCCUCUCUGCAGUAUGUAUGCUCAUUAGUGCUGCACUGAUCCUCUGGUCUUACAGUUAAAACUGUCAGAAGGUGCAAACUGGCACAUGAGACACUUUACGCAAUCAAUACUUUGGCGCUAGUAACAACCUACAAAUCUAAAAUUCAAGAUCUUCUUCAGUGGUCAGUGAUGAUUAGGAGAUGAUGGGACUGUUGUUCCUCUGUGUGUCUGCAGCCCUGCUCAACUACGUAUCUGCCUCCACAGAUGUCUGCACCAAUUCUCUCCUUCCUGGAGCUAAAGGAGACCAAGGUGAGAUUGGAGAGGAGGGGGAUCAGGGAAAACUCGGGAAGAAUGGGCCGCCAGGACUUCCAGGAGUGCCAGGAGAGACAGGGAUUGAAGGAGAGGCGGGCCACACAGGAAAGAUGGGGCGUAUUGGAGACAAAGGUGACAAUGGUGACACAGGUUUGGAAGGGCCCACUGGUUUAAAAGGUAAACCAGGCACAACAUGUGACUGUGGCAGGUACAGGAAGGUGGUUGGACAGCUGGAUGUCAAUGUAGGCAAGCUGAGGAAUGCUGUCAAGUUUGUGAAGAAUGUCAUCAUGGGGCUGAAGGAAACAGAAGGAGGUUAUUACCUGUUGGUGAAAGAGCCCAAGAGGUUCAGAGAGGCUUCAAUGAACUGCAAGCUAAGAGGUGGCAACCUGGCUAUGCCAAAAACCAGCAACACCAACCGUCUCAUGGCAGACUAUAUCAGUCAGGCGGGACUUACAAGGGCUUAUAUAGGAGUGCAGGCUCAAAGCAAGGACACAGAUGGAACAAGCAGUUAUGUUUAUGCAGACUCCAGUCCUCUGCAAGGGUUUGCAUCUUGGAGCCAAGAGGGGGAGCUAAACUCCACAAUAUCUCUCAGCACAAACUCAAGCUGCGUGGAGCUGCUCAGCACUGGAACAUGGGGCCACGUGGAGUGUGAGGCCACCAUGUUUUUCAUCUGUGAGUUUCCAAAGAGCAGGAGAAGAGGAGAAGGAAGAGGGACGUCUGCAUCAUCAUGAGUCAAUUAAACUUUCUCACUUGCAUGCAAAAGACAUAGUAUAGAUACAGUAUAUAUUGCAUUGUAUAGAAUUAGCAAUUUAUGUGAUAAAUGAAUGUAUUAAAAAAUGAGUUAAAUGAAAAAAAAUGUUGUUGCUUUCCUUUAAGAAUGGAACAAUGCAUUCAUUACAUAUCACUACUAAUAAUAAUAUACUAUAGGGAUGGAGCGGAAAUGAAAAAUAUGCAGAUUAGCUUGUUUUGGUUAAUUUAGAAGAAAUCAACAGAUGCAAACAGAUUGAGGGUAGUAGGGUUAAAACUAACACCAUCUAAAUAUGUAUUUUGGUAGCUUUGUUUCCAUAAGAGUAAAAGAAGACAUGGAAGCAAAAUUGAUUCCAAAAUCUUAAUAUUGACCACCACAUGAUAAUUGUCCUGCCUCCUGCGUCAGUGUGUGUGCAGGCGUGGUAAGUGUAAUACCUUCCUAAACAAUUUAACUGAUUUAUUGUCUUGUGCAAAAUAAACAAAUUAUUAGUGAAACUAUG